GAUGAGACCAAGGACAUGGCGGUCAACGGUGAGUUAAGUGAUGAAGGCAGCUCUAUAAGAAGCCAAGGGCGAUGCCAGAAGCACAGACAGCAUCCUCAGUUCAAACAAACCGUCUUUUGUUCUUCUUUUCGGCUCUUUAAGACCUCAGGAAAUAAGUUCGCCAAGUCUCCUCCAAUGGCUCAAGAAACUCCUAACCAUACACAGAGAGUUGCUGGCUGGGCAGCCUACGAUUCCUCCGGCAAGAUUGACCCCUUCAUCUUCAAGCGCAGGGAAAAUGGAGUGAACGAUGUGACGAUCAAGAUACUGUACUGCGGGAUAUGCCACACCGAUCUCCACUUCGCCAAGAACGCCUGGGGCAUCACCAUGUAUCCUUGCGUACCCGGGCAUGAGAUCACGGGGGUGGUCGUGACGGUGGGAAGCAAUGUGAGGAAAUUUAGUGUGGGAGACAGAGUGGGAAUCGGGUAUUUGGCCGCAUCGUGCCUAGAGUGCGAGUACUGUGCCAGCUCCCAGGAGAACUACUGCGACCAGCUGCAGUCCACCUAUAACGGCGUCUUCUGGGACGGCAGUAUCACUUAUGGCGGCUACUCCAAGAUGAUCGUAGCUGAUCAUAGGUACGUGGUGCGGAUACCCGAUAGCCUGCCAAUGGAUUCAGCUGCCCCGCUGCUAUGUGCCGGAAUAACAGUGUUCACCCCAUUCAAGGACAACCAACUUCUUGAUUCUCCGCGGAAGAAGAUCGGGAUAGUCGGUCUAGGAGGUCUUGGCCACGUAGCAGUCAAAUUUGGUAAGGCGUUUGGCCACCACGUCACAGUCAUCAGCACCUCCCCGUCCAAAGAGGCUGAGGCAAAGCAGCGGCUCGGCGCAGAUGAGUUCAUCAUCAGCACCAGCGCUGACCAGAUGAAGGCAGCAAAGAGGAGCCUAGAUUUCAUACUGGAUACUGUCUCGGCAAAGCACUCACUUGGACCAGUCUUAGAACUGCUCAAAGUGAACGGCACUUUGUCAAUCGUCAGUGCACCUGAUGCGCCGCUCGACCUGCCCGCUUUCCCCCUCAUUUUCGGCAAGAGAACAGUGAAAGGGAGCAUUAUAGGGGGCAUACUUGAGACACAGGAGAUGAUGGAUCUGUGCGGAAAGCACAACAUCACUUCCGAUAUCGAGACGGUCACCCCUGACCAGAUUAACCACGCCAUGGACCGACUCGCCAGGAACGAUGUCCGAUAUCGGUUCGUCAUAGAUAUUGCGGGCAAGACAUCUAAGCUUUAAAAACGGGUAGUAUGAAUCGCUUCACACACAAAGAAAGACAAGAAAAUCGAGUCAGAUUACAUGAUCAGUAUUUGAUGGAUUCAAAUGAAUUCCAAUUCACCUUGGAAGUACAAGGAGAUUUUCACCGAUAUUUAUCUCUCUGCUCUUCACUUCAACAUCAUUAGGUACUAGCACUCCUAUAUAGAGAAGGAAACUCACUUGUCGACUUGGUUGCUAGGGGGUCGGUAGGAACCAAGCUUCAUUGCUUGGCUGUAGUUUCUAGUUGUUCCCUCAAUUUGUCCAUUUCUAUUUUAUUUUUUUUUGUGUUUUUUCCAUCUCUUUUUCAACUUUCUCCUUCUGUAUUGCUCGCCUUCUCUCA